AUGGAAAACUCGAGCGUGAUAAUGUUAGAAGGCACGAUGAACGAAACCGUGCAAGACGAAAUUCUAGUCGCUUUAGUGAAAGAGAAUCCGGUGUUGUACGACAAAAAGUACCCGGAUUAUAAAAACCAGGAAGUAAAAAAGGAUACCUGGAAUAUGAUUAAAAUACAGUGUGGAAUGUCAUCAGCUGAAGAAGUAGAGAAUAGAUGGAACCAAUUGCGAAAUUAUUUUGGAAAAAGACUAAGAGAAAUAAAGGCAAAGCCGGCCAGUGGAUCAGGUGGAGGAGAAAAAGCUAAAAAAGUGGAAUGGUAUCUCAUGGGACCUAUGUCAUUUUUGAUCCCACAUAUUAGUCACCGAAGAGGUCGUAGUUCUAUGGGAAAUCAACAUUUGUCUACAUCAUCUACGUUAUUCAAGAUUUCUUCCCCUGUACCACAUUCAUUUGUAAGCAGCAAAGCAUGCAUUAUUGAGUCUGUACAGAACGAUAGUGUAAAUGUUGUUAUUGACAGUAAUACUAGCUCAGGGUGUGAGAGUUUCGUGCAGAACGUUAGUACAGAUAUUGUUAUUGACAAUAAUACUAGCUCAGGAUGUGAGAGUUUCGUGCAGAACGUUAGUACAGAUGUUAUUGACAAUAAUAUUAGCUCAGUACAUGAGAGUUCUAAGAGCUAUGAUUAUGUUCAAUCAAAGCCUGAAACUAAUUCCGUCCUUUUAAAAAAGAAAAAAGUGCCUGAUUUAGAUGCUUUUGCAAAAAAGAAGCAAAAGAAUGAUAGUGAUGUAGAAAACCCCUUGGCACAGUCAACCUCAGCCUUAACUAAUCUUGCAACAGUUGUGCAUAAAUCUAUUUCUAAACGUAGUCUUGACGAAAUAAAUUAA